GUUAGUCCGACUCCCGAAGGCUUCCUCGCUUUCUCGAGGCACCUCGAUUCGUCCGCUUCGUCGCAGCGCGCGCCGGAGGUGAGGUGGUUCGUCGACCGUCUGAGCUGGUGCGGAUUCGCGUGCCUAUCUUCUGCCGCGUUGCCGUCUCACGUUUCCGCGUGGCUGUGUCGCCAUCAUGUCGCGCGCCGUCGCCAGACAUUCCAGGCUCCUGGCCAAUGCGCUCGUGCCAGCUGGCGCGAGAGGUGUGGCCGUCGCGGGAGGCGCUAGAGCAGGGGUGGACGCCCCUCGCCCCCUCGCCACUAUCGCCACAACCCACACUGCCGCCCCUGUCGCCGCCACCACCUCCCCUUCCGCCCCUGCUGGUGGGUUGCUCCCCCCCGCCUCUGUCACCUCCGCUACUCUCACACCCAACACAAGUUUCGGCCCAUCCCUCGCUGCUGGCACCCCCCCCAUGCAUGCUGCCACCGCUUGCCGCCCGUUCCACGCCGCCGCCCUCAACAUGCACAAGGUGGUGAGCCCCGCCGCGCGGCUGCUGCUUGCGGGCAGCGGUGUUGACCCGCAGAGCGUGCAGGGCAGCGGGCCCAAGGGGGUGGUCACCAAGGGGGACGCCCUCGCCGCCAUCGCCGCUGCUGCUCGUAGCGCUGCUGCUGCCGCCGCUGCUGCCAGUGCAAGGAGCAUUGCCACCACUGCUGCUGCUCCUGCUGUCUCGGCUUCUGCUGCAGCGGCUCCCGUUGCCGCCCCUGCUCCUGCUCCCCCGCCUUCCCCCGCUGCUGCAGUUGCGCCCACGGCUGCUCCCGUCCCCCCCUCUGCUCCUGCCCCUCCCCCCGCGCCUGCAGCGGCAGCAGCGCCCGCGCUGGGAGGAGCGGCAGGGGCGUUCGUUGACAUCCCCACCACGCAGAUCCGCCGGAUCAUCGCGCAGCGGCUGAUGGAGUCCAAGUGGGGGUCGCCGCACUUAUAUGCGGAGUCAGACGCGGACAUCGACGCCACGCUGCAGCUGCGCAAGGAGCUCAAAGACAAGUGGCAGGUGGCGGUGUCGGUGAACGACUUUGUGAUCAAGGCAGUGGCCAUGGCGCUCAGUGAAGUCACCGAGGCCAACGUGCAUUGGGACGCCAAGAGGGCGCAGCUGGUGAGCAACUCCAGCAUCGACAUCUCCAUCGCCGUCGCCACUGACAAGGGUCUCAUCACCCCCAUUCUCAAGGAUGCGGACAAAAAGUCCCUCGGAGCUAUCUCCAAAGAGGUGAAGCAGCUGGCGGAGAGGGCGAGGGCGGGCAGGCUGCAGCCGCACGAGUUCCAAGGGGGCACCUUCAGCAUCUCGAAUCUGGGCAUGUUCGCCAUCGACCGCUUCUCCGCCAUCAUCAACCCACCUCAGUCCGGCAUUCUGGCGGUGGGCCGCGGCGAGAAGGUGCUGCGCCUGCCCUCCGAGUCCUCUGCAGACGGCCUGCAGCUGCAGCCGGCGACCAAGAUGGAGGUCACUCUCUCAGCUGAUGCGCGCGCCAUCGAUGCCAACACUGCAGGCAAGCUACUUUCUGCAAUUUCGGCAAACCUUUCAGAUCCUCGACGUCUGCUCAUUUAGACUAGCUGCACUACGGAACGUGUUGUUUACAUGUAUGGUGGUUCCUGUUAUUGUUAAUCCCAAAAUAUGUGGUAAAUAAAAGUAGGAGAAAAUAAGAGAAUCCCCUGUUACAGUUGCUCUAAUCAUUAGGUAACUUUGUACAGUAUCU